UUAUCAACAUGGUUAAGAUAAGUUGUUACACUAAGUUAUGUUGCUAUCAAAUGAAACAAUAAAUAUUAUUUGAUUUAUAAAAAUAUCCAUUACAAAAACACACCAGACAUGGAUAUGGACACAUUCGAUGCCAAUCUCCAUCAAGACUCUGACAUUGAACUCAUUUCUCUUUUAGAGGAGCAUUUGAAAAAAGAAAGACACGAAGCUGCAUGGGAGAAUCAACUUCAGAGUGUUGAACCACCUCCAAAGAAGAAAAGGACCAACCCUAAAGAUGACAAAUCCAGUAAAUCUAUCAUUGAACUUGAACAGGCAUGUAAAGAAGUAGACAACUGUCUAAUAAUCAUCAAGAAGCAGAUGGACAAACUGUUAGAUACUCAGUACCAACUGUGCCUUGUGAAAAACAACUUAUUGCAUUCGAAUAGGACCAAUAAAAGCGAACAAACUAGCUUUCACAAUCCUUCAGUUUACGUUAAAAACUUCAUUAACGAGUUUAGAGCCCCGUACUUCAAAGAUAGCCAUUAUUUUUCUGCUCCAAAAAAUUCUGACGCUAAGGAGUUUGUAAAAAUUGACUUGAUCAAAACUUUCUGCCCCUGGGGCAAUCUGGACGUUGAACAAUUACAAAAUUGUGUCAGGGAGUCAAUUGUUAAAGCUUAUCUGACUUCCGUAAGCAAUAAGCACUCUGACAUUUCUCUAGUUGACCAUGAAUCAAAAGUAGAGUGUCUCUUGACAAUAAACUAUUUUAAGAAAGAGCCAUUGACAUCAUUUUUUACAAAGGAAAUGGAAAAAAAUCUCGAUUGGAUCACAAUUUCAGACUUGAUGAAAGGUAGGUUUAGCCCUACAGAGUGUAAAAAAAUGUGGUAUUUGUAUGCUCGGCCAGCAGUAAAUAAAAAGAAAUGGACUAUUUCAGAAAUCCGAAAACUUAGUGAUAUCAUUAAAAAACAUGCCUUUCAAAAUUGGGACAAAAUUGCAUCAGAUCUUCAAACUGAUAGAUCUAGUUUUCAGUGUUUUUUAUACUACAUGAAGUUUAUGCACAAAGACAUCGCCGGGCCUUGGUCCCGUUCCGAACAGGAGCUCUUAAAGGAAGUUGUAUUAAGUUCUACAUAUGGAAAUAAAAUUUGUUGGAAUAAAGUCGGUUAUUAUUUCGAAAAUAGGAACUUUGGGCAAAUAUUCAAUAAAUGGACACACAGUAUCAACCCGACAAUAAAAAAAGGCCACUUUGAAUUACAAGAAGAUCGCGUUUUACUAACAUUGAAACACAAAUUCAAUUUGGAAGUUGAAGAUUUAUCAAAAGUUAUUAAAAACAGAACGAUUAAACAAAUAAGAGAAAGGUUUGAUAACACACUGACGCCAGAUAAAGAUGUUAAAUUUGGCGAAUGGACUGAAGAGGAGGACAAUCAGUUGUUAGCACUGGUUGGAGAACUGGGUGAAACUCGAUGGUCUGAUAUAGCUAAAAAGCUCAAAACUAGAAAUAGGGUCCAAGUCAGGCAUAGAUACAACUGUCUAAGAAAGAAAUUUGCCGAGGAUCCGAAUCUUACCAUAUCAGAAAUCAGAAGGGCAAAAAGACCUUACAAAUCCAAGAGGAAAGUGCAGAACACUCAAUUUCUAAGCAGGCUUGCUAACAAAAAAGGCAAAAAGAUGAUCAAAGCACAGGACAUAGACAAAAUGGUCCAGUCGGUUUAUUCAAAAAAAGCCCAACACCCUUCUCAGAUUGAUCUCAAUUUGGUUAACUUCUUCACAGAAAAACUCGACAGCAAGAUGUUUCCACAAAACGACCCAAAAAACGAUACUAUUUACUCUUUAGAUCAAAUAGCUAAUGAAACGCAACACUUAUUGAACGUUCUACAGGCCAAUUUAAAGUUGGACAACACCAUACUGUCGACAAUUGAAGAUGAAGUGAAUAAACUUGGAGAAAAUGGACCAAAAAUUUCUAAUCUGCUCAAAGAUUCAAACUUUAUGAACAAGGUUUUUCAGCAGCGUAACAACCCGAGCACUAGCACACUAUCAUUACUCCCGCCUAACUUAAAUACAAUGUAUGCUCUUUGGGAAGCUUACUCGGCGAUAAGGCAUAAAUCUAAAACUGAAUUUUCAAUCUCCAUCAGUGAAGACUCUGAAAGCGAUGUUGAUAGGGCUCUUUUAAAAUGGCAUCAGAGAUUACAUGCUCUCUUCACAUGGCCAAGUUUUUUAUCGGUCAACCGGCUAAAAGAUGCUUAAUCUCUUUUAUAUGCUGUGUAUAACAAAAUUUGUAAUACAUUGUGUAUAUUUUUAAUAAAAUUCCUUUAAGUUUUUUAAAAUGA